AUGAGAGACGCCGAUCCAUCAACAAACGAACGCGAGUUCCUCCUGGCUGCCUUGAAGGACGGCGCGCGCAUCGACGGACGCAAGUUCUACGACUUUAGAACUCUCCGCCUCACUUUCGGUGCCGAGUACGGUGCCGUCGAAGUCCAACUCGGUAACACCAGAGUUCUCGCAAAGGUGUCAUGCGAGGUGAUCAGACCUUAUACCGACAAGCCCACCGAGGGUUUCCUUAUGUUCAACACCGAACUGUCACCAAUGGCCUCAGCAGCAUUCGAAGUUGGAAGACAAACAGACGAGGAGGUUCUUGUGAGUCGACUGAUCGAGAAGGCAAUGAGGAGGAGCAGAGCACUGGACACUGAAGGAUUGUGUAUCGUUGCAGGAGAGAAGGUGUGGUCGAUUCGUGUGGAUAUUCAUUUCUUGGAUCAUGAUGGAAACUUGGUCGACGCAGCCUGUAUCGCUGCCAUCACAGCUUUGCUUCACUUCAGGAGGCCAGACGUAACAGUCGUUGGCGAGGACGUUACUAUCCAUACCCUUGAGCAAAGGAACCCUGUGCCGCUCAGCAUCCAUCACAUCCCUAUCUGCACCACCUUUGCUUUCUUCAACAAUGGUGAGCGCAUGAUUGUAGAUCCUUCAUUCCUGGAGGAGCAAGUCAAGGAGGGCGACAUGACGGUCACACUCAACGUUCAUAAGGAGGUCUGCGCACUGUCCAAGGCUGGCGGUAUCCCCAUGGAGAUUGAUCAGAUCCUGCAAUGCACAAAGAUUGCUGUUGUCAAGGUUGCUGAAAUUACUGCCCAGAUCCAGGCUGCCCUUGAGGCCGAUGCCAAAAAGCGGUAA